UCCCCUUUUUUCUUUUACUAUUACUUGAAAUAAACCAGACAAAAUGAUUAGAACAUUAAUUCGCACAGCCAAUCCUAGAUAUUUACAAAUUAACCAAAAUGUCAAGCGUUUCAGAUCCACCCAAGCAGGCAAGGUGCUCACUGUUGAUACGAUGCAUCCUUUGAUCAAGAAUGCAGAAUACGCUGUUCGUGGUGCCUUACCCAUUCGUGCUGAAGCUAUUAGUCAGCAAUUGAAAAAGGACCCUUCAAGCAUGAAAUUUGAUAGAGUUGUGUUUUGUAAUAUUGGCAAUCCUCAACAACUGAAUCAGAAGCCUAUCUCCUUCUUCAGACAGGUUGCUUCACUUUGCGACAACCCUGAGUUGUUGAAAGCUGAGAACCGCUCCAUUGUCUCAAAGUUAUACCCCGCUGAUGCUAUUGCUCGUGCUGAAUUGUUGAUUAAGCAUGUCGGAAGUGUAGGUGCCUACUCUCACUCCAAGGGCAUUCCACAUAUCCGCGAAAAUGUUGCUAAAUUCAUUGAAGAACGUGAUGGUUACCCAGCCGAUCCAGAUAACAUCUUUUUGACACAAGGCGCUUCUGAAGGUGUGCAAAGAGUCAUCCAGAUGUUAACACAGAAUGCAAAUUCCGGUAUCAUGAUCCCCAUUCCUCAAUACCCAUUGUAUUCCGCCACUUUAUCCAUGGUCAACGCAGCACCUGUCCCUUACUAUUUGAACGAAAGCAAAGGUUGGGGUUUAGAUAUUGAAAGUUUACAAAAAUCAGUGGACGAAGCUCGUGCUAAAGGUGUUGACGUACGAGCUCUUGCUAUUAUUAAUCCGGGUAAUCCUACUGGUCAAUGCUUAACAGAAGAGAAUAUCCGUGAUAUCAUUCGCUUCUGCCACAGAGAACGCAUUGUUUUAUUAGCUGAUGAAGUAUACCAAACCAACAUUUACCAACCUGAAACUCGUCCCUUCCACAGUUUCAAGAAGGUUCUUAUGUCUAUGGGUAGCGAAUUCGCAGAUCAAGAACUCUUCUCCUUCCACUCUACCUCUAAAGGUAUGAUUGGUGAGUGCGGUCGUCGUGGUGGUUACUUCGAAUGUGUUAAUAUCGAUCCUGAAAUUAUGGAACAAUUAUACAAGUUAGCCUCCAUUUCUUUAUGUCCCAAUGUCCAAGGCCAGAUCAUGGUUGAUGUGAUGACCAACCCUCCUGUAGAAGGGGAUGAAUCUUAUCCUCAAUAUAUUUCAGAAAAGCAAGAGAUCUUUGAAUCACUUCGUCGCCGAGCUGUGAAGCUUGCUAAAUGCUUCAACGGUUUGGAAAAUGUUUCAUGUAAUGAUGCUGAAGGUGCCAUGUACUUGUUCCCUCAAAUUAGACUACCUGCCAAAGCUAUUGAAGCUGCCAAAUCUUCCAAAAUGGCCCCUGAUGCUUUCUAUGCUAUGGCUCUCUUGGAAGCAACUGGUGUCUGUGUUGUUCCUGGAUCCGGUUUCGGUCAAGAACCUGGCACUUACCAUUUCCGUUCCACCUUCUUACCUGAAGAACAUCUUUUUGAUGACUUCUGCGGCAAGAUCUCAAACUUCCACAAGGAAUUCAUGGAUAAAUAUAGAGCUUAAAGAGAUACUUUGAGAGUUUGAUUCAGCUUUAGCAUUUCUUUUGACCAUAGUAGCAUAGACAUUUUUCUUUUUACACCCUUUGUAUUCAUAGCUUCUUACUAUUUAUUUCAUACGUAAACUGUUUUAUUUAUACAGUCCCACCAAGACAUUAUAUUUAUUUAUUCAAAUUGUAUAUUACUUCUAUAAAGAUG